AUGUCUAACAAAAAAAAUAAAGAAAUUGAAAUAAGUGACAGUGAAAGUGACGAUGAACAUGAUGAUGCAGGGAGCGAUAGAGAUUCUGAUUUGGAUUCCGAUGGAAAUUACAUAGGAGACAAGGAGCUCCAAGCUGAUUUUGAAGGUCGAAACCCUGAAGAUUGUGAUUUUCACGGUAUAAAACAACUUUUGCGCCAACUGUUUCUUAAAUCUAAUGUGGAUUUGGGGGCUCUGGCACAGAUUAUAAUUUCACAGAACUACGUAGGCAGCGUAGUGAAACAAUGCCUUGAUGAUGGACAGGAGGAUGACGAUGAAGAUGAUGAUGGGAGUGAUGGUGUGUUUGGCAUAACUACUGUUAUUAAUAUUACUAAAAGAAAAGAUGAAACGUGCAUACAACAAAUUCGGACGUUGCUGACAACACUUGCAGAAGAAAACGCUAAUGAUAAGACUAAAGCUCUAGUGAACAAGAUCCUUUCAGAUGACUCACAGCAUGUUGGUCUUAUAAUAAAUGAGAGGAUUCUUAACAUUCCAGCUGCUAUUAGUGUACCAUUGUUUGCAUCACUACAGUCCGAAGUAGAGAAAGCAGUGAAAAAAAACAUGCCCUACUCAUUCCGCUACUUGAUAUGGAUAUGUAAAACAUACAACACUGGAGAUGAGGGCUCUGAGAUUUUAUUCGCAAACCAAGAAGAGAAACCAUUAUUAGAUGAAGCCUUAGCUAGCUUUGAAGUGGAUGUGACCGAACAAGCUGAUUUGUCACAAUGGGACUAUGAAGGUGGAGCAUUGACACCGUGUCGAAAGAUUCUUAUAUUUGAUGGAAGUAAAUUCAAUAACUUAGUGAGACUCCUAAAAGAAGAGGUGGAGAAUGUUUGA